AUGAAAUCGUGGCUUUAUAAAGGCUCGAACAGAGGCACUAGAAACAUAUUCCGGGGUAGAAGAAAUCAAAACAAAAGUCUAAUUGGUCCUGAAUUUUAUGUUGAAGCUCGGAAUACAGAUAUUCUGGGAUACGAUACUAACUUUCAAAAAAUACCAAACGACCACAGUCACUCGGUGCGUCGAAGGAACAGAGAGAGUACAAAUAUAUCUCCAUCAGCCUCGUUGAUCCCUCACCUUCCUGAGUGAGGAACUAGUCGGAAAGGUUCUUUGAAAUAAAGACGAUAGCAGACUUAACAGCUUAAAUAUCAGCAGGAUCUCAAUUAACGAUUCUUUCAACAAAUUGUCCACUCCUGCUGAAGAUGGGCAAGUAAGGAUAUAGCAGACAAAACAAAGUUUUGACUAAAGAAGCAGCUCGAUCCAUUGAGAAUGAGAGAACUUCUGAACAAGAGGAUUCUAAAUAAAAAGGCAAAUAAGGAGCCUAACUAUGGCAAUAUCUUUGAAAAUUUGGUGGCUAAAAUUCCUAAGAAGUUCAUCCACAAGCAGAAAUAAGCCAUUAAAAAGAUCUCAUAAUACACCAUUUACAAGGGCAUCGUUCUGAAGCAUGCAUUAUGAUAUCGACAAGUUGAAGCAAGAUAAAUAUCUAGCGAGUCACUUCUUACGAGCAAAAGAGAGAAGGAAAUCACCAAAAGUGAGAUUUAUGAACAAAAUUAUCCAAUCAAAGAAUAUCGGCACUGCUCAUGAAUAUAUCAAUAUCAAGCUAAACACUAGCAAGAAAGUUGGAGAAUAUUCUGAGCAAAGAAAUCAGCCUAAGAGGAUCGCCUUUAGCAAAUUUAGGUCCCGCCCCCUUCCUCAGUUGUAGGCUAUGAGUGAUUCCUGCAGAACAAUUUUCAAUUU